UGACGGAGGGACAGAUGUGUAUACCGCACCCGUUCACGUGUAUGCGGUUUGAAAAAAAUCCCUGAGGGGGAACUAUAUUCAUGCCGAAGCGGAGGGAUACCAUAGUGCUUUUUCAAUUUGGCGGGAUGGGAGGUGGACUUUUUUUCCUUCGGCUUGUCACCAAUGGCUGCAUGCGCUCACUCUACCUCCUUCCUUUGUGCGGCGGGAGGAAGUUGAGUGAAUGGAACAGCCGCGGAGGGGAGGCACAUGUGCGUGGUAAGGGAAAAAGCAAAGGGAAUGAAUGAGGAAGACCAGCGGGAGGGAAGGGAGCUCCUGAGAAGAGCUGAUGAUGCAAGCAGAGGCGCAGCGGUCGGGUAAAAGGAACAGCGCCCCCAUCCAGCAGAAGAAGUGAGGGGUGGGAGGUGCGAUUGACAGCUACUGAAAGGAACAGCCGCUGCGAACGUUCCAGUCCUAGCUGAGGGAGGCACUCUGGAAGAGCUUCGUCCUGGAAGCCAGAGUGGAGGUUGCAGUCGCCACCAGCUGCAACAGAAGCUAGCCAGCAAGUAGCAGCAAGCAAACCACCGCAGUCCUGGCUGGGCGGGACCUUGGAGCAAGCAGGCAGGCAGGAGCCAGAGGAGGAGGAGGCUGGCUCGAACCAGAUCCAGACCCAGGCAUCGUGGAAGCAAUGGAUCGGAAGAGGUGGGAGUGCUCAGCUCUCCCGCAGGGAUGGAAAAGGGAAGAAGUGACCAGGAAAUCGGGGCUCUCUGCUGGCAAGAGUGAUGUCUAUUAUUAUAGUCCAAGUGGGAAGAAAUUCCGCAGCAAGCCUCAGCUGGCACGUUACUUGGGCAACUCCAUGGACUUGAGCACGUUUGACUUCCGAACAGGGAAGAUGCUAAUGAGCAAGGUGAACAAGAACCGGCAACGGAUGCGCUAUGAUUGUUCAAGCCAAACCAAGGGUAAACCUGAUCUAAACACAACGCUUCCUGUCAGGCAGACAGCUUCAAUUUUUAAACAACCAGUCACUAAGAUCACAAAUCAUCCCAGCAAUAAAGUGAAGACUGACCCCCAAAAAGCAGUUGACCAACCCCGACAGCUCUUCUGGGAAAAGAAACUAAGUGGCUUAAAUGCCUUCGAUAUUGCAGAGGAGCUGGUGAAAACAAUGGACCUUCCAAAGGGUUUGCAAGGUGUGGGACCUGGCUGUACUGAUGAGACCCUCCUUUCAGCCAUUGCCAGUGCCUUACAUACCAGCACAAUGCCCAUCACUGGACAGCUUUCUGCUGCUGUUGAGAAAAACCCCGGGGUCUGGCUGAAUACUUCUCAGCCUCUCUGCAAAGCCUUCAUGGUGACCGAUGAAGACAUCAGGAAGCAAGAAGAGCUGGUUCAGCAAGUGAGGAAGAGGCUAGAGGAAGCAUUGAUGGCUGACAUGCUUGCUCACGUGGAAGAGAUAGCAAGGGAUGGCGAGACACCUGUAGUAAAGGGUAAUGAAGAGGAGGAGGAAGAGGAGGAGGAGGAGGAGGAAGAUGGUGAUCAUGAUCAUGGACAGGAGGUGGAGAAUGUAUAGUCCAGGUAGCAUAGUUCAACACUAAUGCCUUGUCUCCAUCACCCGUAUGUUUGCAGUGCCAUAAGUUUGUGUUUUUCCCAACACUUGAAGAAUUCCAGGGUUUCAAAGCUACUUUAUUCUGUAUUUCUUUAUAUUUAUCAUCAAGCUCAGUAUUGUUUGCAAUAACUGAUAGCAUUUUUCAAGGUUUUAAGCAAAUAUUUUUCCAAUCAUUUGUCCCAUGUCCAUUUUAACUAGGAGUGAGGGGAUUUAAAGUGGGGCUUAGAUAGUAUUCUUAGUAUGUUCUUGGUCCUGAGGCCAAGUUGGCUUGGCCCAUUUUUUGAAUGGUGUGGAUAUUCUCUGAAACUCUCCUGAGUGUUGAGCAGCAAGUGCAAAUGGACUUUCAGAAUAGGAAGAGGUUUCUUGAAUGUAGAGAUUAUUUUGCAACCCGCCCAUCCCCAUAGCCACAGGUAGCUUGACCUUGCUUCAUGCAUACAGUGUCAUGGUGUAGAGAGGGCUUCCUCGCCACUAUUAUUCUCUCACCCAACCCUGGUACCUUUUUGAGCUGUUAGCUUCCAGGCAUUACAGCUGAUCAAGUGUCUCUUUUCCUUCAAGGUGUUUCUCUCGAGAACUAGCCUGCACUCGGUCCACACAGAGGCAAGUGCAUCUUCAGAAUGUUGUGCACUAACUGUACCUGCGUGUGUGAACAUGUUUGGCCUCCGUUCACAGGAAGCUGAAGGGACCAGUCAGACUCUGAGUAGUUUGAAGAAGGACUUACUGAACCCAGUUUUUUUUCCCCCUCGCCCCCCCUUUUUUUUAAAGCAUCACAGGGCAAUAGAGGAAUCAGAAGGUAUUCAAGAAUUGUGAACAUGAUUCCUUCAUCUUAUUUCCAGACUAGCAAUUGAAACAGGUUUCCCAAGUCUCUUUCUAAUAGUGUCUGCACAUGCCCUAAACCAAUUAUCUCUUGGCUUAACCCACAGAGAUGACAUGAAGAACUUCUUUCAACUUUUCCCUGCCUAUUUGAAGUCACGUGUAACAAAAUAUAUUUGGCAGUGUAGCUAAUCCAUUCCACUUGCAAAAUCCUGCUGUGGGAUCUUCAUUUUCUUAAGUGGCUUUUGAAUUUGGGUUAAUUUGAUCUGCUUUAAACAAAAAAAUCCCAUCAAUAGAACGUGCCUUCCCAUGUGGGGCUGGGAAACUGAGCCCCUGGAGCUAUUAUAGAUCCAAAUUUUGAUGAAAAUUUCCUCCUUCUGCAUGAAUAUAACAUGACAUAGAACUAUAAUUUAUGCAGAGCUUUAUGAGCACAAACAAUUGUAGAAAUAUUAAAUGAUUACAUUAAUUACCAAUCAGAGAAAAAGGUGCUGUAUGAGGUUUUUACAGCUAUUGAAAGAAGGGAUUACUUAGCGCUAUUGACCUCCUGUUUGUUUUAUAAUUGAUUUGGUUACUGGGGGGAAGGGCUGCCUUUGUCUCAUCUGAUAAAUGCUUUUCAGAAGUAGUAGUAUUGGAUUGCUAACAUCAUUGAGGAGAAGCGAGCAAAACUAGCCAGUUGUGAAUGACACAGAAUUUGCCUUAAUGUGUUCAGCCUCAGUUGGGAAUGGGUUAUCUUGAAUACUAGAGGAUAGAAACACAGUACCACCUUUGCCUCUUGCUUGCUUACAUGUGUAUCCUGUCUCUGAAUAACUCUCAUCAGCCAAGACAUUAAAUCUUCAGUACUGGAUUUUAAAUGUACUUGGUGGUAUUGCACCGCAGCUUCUAACAUUCAUUCAGCAGUUUCAGGAUUGUGCUACAUCUCUUUUUUUUAAAAAGCCAGGGCUGAUGGAAACCCAGGUCAUGAAUCCUGGCUAGAUUUUAUGUAUUUUGGAAAUGUGGGGUGUAUCUUCCUUUUUAAUCCCCAAAGUUAGAAAAUGUGAUCUUGGAGCCUGUAACUAGGGCCUAAAAUAGCUCUUCUCAUUUUGGACUUUACAAAAGAAAUGCAGGAUUAUGGUCCAGUAGUCUUCUUUUAAUUAUUUUCAAAUUUUUGAGUAUUUGGUUGAAGUCCAUCAUGUUUAUCUCUCUUCUGCUCUUGCAUGCACAUAAGAGUUAGUCCCUGGUUGGUUACUUUUCUUUGCUAAUUUGGAGCAACUUCUCAGCAUAUAAUUCCUAGUAAGUAUCACAAAUGGUUUCUUUAAGCUUUUUAUGCUGCAAAAUCAUGUUGCAAACUUAAGUCAUGCUGGAAUGAAACUGCAAUUAGUGCACAAAUGUGUAAAGCCCUGUUGAAAAGGAAACACAAUCUGGCUGUAUAUCCUCAAGCCAGCUUGAUGCAUUUCUUUCCUUUUUAAAAGAAACAAAUGAUUUGAUAGUGUGGUGUUCAGUCAGUUUUUAGAAAAUUCUUAAAUCCUUUGUCUUUCAAAUACACACUCAUCACCACUGUCGCCACCUUACCACUAAUAUGUACCUUAACUGUAACAGUAUCUUAAUGUACAGUCUUGUUGGGGAAUAUUAGUUUUGUAAUAAAAUGUUUUUCAUA